AUGAUCUCGGAUAACUACUAUGGAAUAGAAGAUGAUGAUGAGGAUAUAGAUUAUGAUUAUAUUGAACAUACAAAUAAUAAUUGGCAAAAUGAACUCAUUGGAAUAUAUCCACUCUCAUCUGUACUGAGCUCAUAUGAAAACUUAUUGAUGAAUUGGAUUAAUGAGAGUGUUUCUCCAGAACUUCUAGACUAUGAUGAGAGCUCAGUGAAAGUUUUAAGUUAUAUAAUUCAUUAUGGGAGAAGAAAUCAGCUAUUUUGCGCAAAAGAACGUACUCAUAACGCUUCGAAUAAGAUUGAAUAUGAUCUUAGUGAACUAUAUUUAUAUAGAUCUUCAUACCUAAUUAAAAUGUAUCUUAGACAAAGAUUACUCAAAAUCUCUCAAUAUCCUGACUACUGCAUUAAAAAUAGUAAAUUACAAACUGACGAAGAUAACAAUGGGAAUUAUAAUUUAACAAAAGAAGAAGCUAAAUUUGCUUUAAAACUAUCACAGCUACAAUGGCAACACUAUAACUCAGUUUUAUCUCCAAUACAUAGUAUAUUUACUAAUGAUCAAUCUAUUUCAAUUCCUAGCCCAUUUCUUCAUAGAAUUAUACGUUUUCAAUGUAAAAAGACAUUAGGAAGAGUCCAGCUAUCUUCACAAUUGGAUGAUAGAAUAGAAAUAGACCUAGCACUUACUAAUCAAGAUGAACAUAGUAAUGAUAUGCCAGAUAUAGUGGAUAUAAGUGAAGGACAUAUAUAUACAUGUAGAUAUACUCAAGCUAAACCUCUCCUUUCUACUAAUUCCAUACAACUUUGGCCAUGGCCACCUAUUACUUAA